AUGGCUGAUAUUAUCCGGUUGCACCCCUACAGUAGUACCAACAAUUGCCUAAGCCACCCGCAAGCCAAGUCCACUUCGGUAAAUUACAAGCCUCUCGCUCAGAAGACCUAAAGUUACCAGAAUUAAAAUCCACGCUUGCGACAAGAAGAAUGCUUCUAAAAGAAUCAAAUCCAAUUGACAAGUAGGAUGUUGCUUUGGAGGCGGCCAUAGAGCCCAACUCUUUAAACCGGGUAGUGAUUGGAGGAAAUACGCCAAAUACAAACUUGAAGUUGAAAGGGCCUCUGUGGGUGUUGGUCGUGGUCUCUGUCUUAUCAUCGACCUUCCUCUUUGGUCUUGACACAACCAUCACUGCAGUCCUUCAACCAAAGAUAAUCGAGACCUUUGGCGAAAUAGAAAAGCUUCCUUGGGUAUCUGUGGGUGCUGGACUAGGUGGAGUAAGUGUCAACUUGGUCUGGUAAGUUCGAUUGAGCUCAAUGCAAUUUUCGAUGUCACCGCUAACUCGGCAAUCUUAAAGGGGGAAGUUUUACGGCCAGUUCAAUAACAAAUACCUUUUCAUAAGCGCUGUGAUUAUUUUUGAAGUGGGUUCGGUUUUGUGCGGAGCUGCCUCCUCUGUGAAUGUGUUUAUUGUGGGUCGAACACUUUCUGGACUGGGUGGUUCAGGGCUUUAUAUCGGUGCGAUCUCCAUAAUAACUGCAUUUACUACUAUCGAGCAGCGUCCAUUGUACAUGGGAUUUCUGGGAGUGACAUGGUCUGUUGCUACCGUGUAAGAAUUGCAUUCUUCCUCUUUAGUUUCGGCAUUGUUGCUAACGCAAAGCAGGCUCGGGCCAAUUAUAGGAGGCGUCAUUGGUGACAGCAAAGGCACUUGGAGAUGGGCUUUCUAUCUCAACCUUUGCGUUGUAGCUGUUGCUCCGGUUUAUAUCUUCCUGCUGCCUUCGUCCGCGCCCUCAUCACAAUCCUCCACCUUCAAGGAGAAAGUCAAGAGACUAGAUCUUACGGGUACAGUACUACUCGCUGGGCUUACCACCGCUUUGACGAUGGCCAUAUCAUUUGGUGGUUCUGUGUUUUCAUGGAAGAGCGGUCAAAUCAUUGGUUUGCUCGUUUGUGGUAGUGUACUCACCAUUCUAUUUGUGGUCCAGCAAUUGCUCUACUUUCUCACCACCGAGGAAGAUCGUCUAUUUCCAGUUCAGUUUUUUUACUCCCGCGAGCUUUGUAUUCUCUUCGCACAAGUCGCUGUAGCUAUUCCCUGUCUGUAUUUGCCAAUGUAUUUCAUACCCUUGUUUUUCCAAUUCGUCCAUGGAGAUAAAGCGUUGGAUUCUGGGGUCCGACUACUCCCUUUCAUCUUCGUUAUUAUCUUCUCUACCAUGCUCAAUGGUGCACUUCUACCAAAGUUUAUUUAUAUGCCUUUGUUUUUAGUUGGAGGUCUUCUUGCAACCGCUGGAGCGGCGUUGUUGCAUAGUCUGAACCUAGAAUCUGGCACACCUUCAGUCUAUGGCUACACCAGCGUAAUUGCAUUUGGGACUGGACUCUUCGUUCAGGCGCCUUUCGCAAUAGCGCAGGCAAGCGUUGAAGUAGAAUCUGUUCCACUCGUUACGGCAUUCAUCAGUUGUGCUCAAAUCAGCAGCAUAACUUUCUCUUUGGCAAUCGGAAAUUCCAUUUUUGUAAAUCAGGCCUUUAAGAAGGUCGGGGCGGUUCUACCAGGUGUACGUGUUGAAGACGUUCAACUCGCAAUUGCCGGAGUCAAUGGGAGGUUUUUGGAUGGAUUGGAUGCUGUUGACCAGAGACGCGUUCUGGAGGCUAUUGUUUCUAGCAUCGAUGAUGUCUAUAUUGUUGCAAUCUUUGGAGCUGCUGCUGCAGUUGUUCUUUCUGUCUUUAUGAAGCGAGAGAAAGUCUUCGGGAAUAAU